AUGACGCGCCGCGGGACGCUCCCGCCGGCGCUGCUUCUGCUGCUGCUAGCCGCGGCGCUGGUGGCGACAACAACCACUGUGUCCGGGCAGGGCCGGCCCGUGACCGACAGCGGCGCGGAGACGCCUCCCACGCCGUCCAGCUUCACGCCCAAGGACAGCUUCCUGAUCGACUGCGGCGGGACGGCGCCCGUGACCGCCGACGGCAAGUCGUACAAGACGGACGCGCAGGCCAACCACCUGCUCUCCGCCAACGACGCCAUCCGCGUCGCCGCCGACGACAAGGCCGACGUGCCGUCGCCGCUGUACGCCACCGCGCGGGUCUUCAAGGAGGAGGCCGUCUACAGCUUCCCGCUCACCGUGCCGGGGUGGCACUUCAUCCGCAUCUACCUCUUCCCGAUCAAGGGCGGCGACGUGGACCUCGCGUCGGCCACCUUCAGCGUCGUCACCGACGACAACGUCCUGCUGCACAGCUUCACCCCGGAGAACAAGCCGGUGAUGAAGGAGUUCGUGAUCAACGCCACCGAGAACCACCUCGCGCUCAAGUUCCAGCCGCUCAAGGGCUCCGCCGCCUUCGUGAACGCCAUCGAGGUGGUGAACGCGCCCGACGAGCUCAUCACUGACUCGGCGCUGGCCGUCGCGCCGCUGGGCGAGAUCACCGGCCUCGUGCACGACGCGUACCAGGUCCUGUACCGGAUCAACGUCGGCGGCCCCGCCAUUGGCCCCGCCAACGACACGCUGGGCCGGCAGUGGGAGACCGACGCGGCGUACGUGCAGACCAAGGAGGCGGUGAAGGACGUGUCGGUGCCCACCAGCACCAUCAAGUUCCCCGACGGGACGUCCCGGCUGGUGGCGCCGACGCUGGUGUACGCGAGCGCCGCCAAGAUGGCGGACGCCGACGUGGGGAGCCCCACCUUCAACCUGACGUGGAAGGUGGACGUGGACCCGUCCUUCAGCUACCUGGUCCGCCUCUUCUUCGCCGACAUCGUGAGCAAGGCCACCAACGACCUCUACUUCGACGUGUACAUCAGCGGGCGCAAGGCCGUGUCCGGGCUGGACCUGUCCACGGUGACCGGCGGCGAGCUGGCGGCGCCCUACUACAAGGACUUCGUGGUGAACUCGUCGUCGCUGGAGGGCGCGGACGGCAAGGGGAAGCUGAGCGUCCAGGUCGGGCCCAUGGGGCAGGACACGGGGCGGAUCGACGCGCUGCUCAACGGCAUGGAGGUGCUCAAGAUGAGCAACUCCGUGGGCAGCCUGGACGGCGAGUUCGGCGUGGACGGGCGGAAGGCCGACGACGGGAGCGGCGGGCGCAAGGCGGUGGCGGCCGUCGGGUUCGCCAUGAUGUUCGGCGCGUUCGCGGGGCUGGGCGCCAUGGUGGUGAAGUGGUACAAGCGGCCGCAGGACUGGGAGCGGCGGGAGAGCUUCUCGUCGUGGCUGCUCCCCAUCCACACGGGCCAGUCCUUCACCGCCAGCGGCAAGGGCGGCCUGGCGGAGUGGGGCAUGCAGUGGAAGCGCAAGGGCCUCAUCGAGAAGAUCAUGGACCCCAAGCUCGCCGGCACCGUCAACCCGGAGUCGCUCGCCAAGUUCGCCGAGACCGCCGAGAAGUGCCUCGCCGAGUUCGGCAGCGACCGCAUCUCCAUGGGCGACGUGCUGUGGAACCUCGAGUACGCGCUGCAGCUGCAGGACGCCAACCCGCCCGAGGGCGCGCAGCAGGACGGGGAGGACGGCGCCGCGGCCUCGGGCGGCGGCGGAGGCGCCGUCGUCCCCGCGGCCAGCGCCUCGGGCGGCGGCGUGCCCGACGCGUCCACCACCGCCGCCGGGGAGCUCUUCCAGCAGCUCGCCGACAUGAAGGGGAGGUGA